AUGGAGAACAAGUCCUCUAUCUCAGUGCAGUCUUUGACAGCAGCUGAGUCCUCCAGAGUGCAUGUUGGUAACAACUACAGUAUAACCAACUACUUCGGCCAAGACGAAAUCAAUAAAUACCUGGAUGCAUUGCGUUCCACUGACCCUCGCGAGGACAAAGAACGGAUUGAGCAGACUAAUGGUGGUCUGUUGAAGGAUUCUUACGCAUGGAUCGUUAAGAAUCCCGACUUCGUCUCUUGGCGCGAUGACCAGAAUACCCGGCUUUUGUGGAUCAGAGGAGACCCUGGCAAAGGAAAGACAAUGUUGAUGUCCGGCAUCAUCAAUGAGUUACAACCUACCACAAGAUUGGAGAGUCCAGAGAACUGCAUUUCGUUAUCCUACUUCUUUUGCCAAGCCACCAACUCUGGUUUAGACAACUAUACAUCGAUACUACAGGGCUUAGUCUAUCUAUUGGUCACUCAACAACCAAGUCUUGUCUCCCAUCUUAAAGACAGGCACGGCCCGAAUACAAACCAUUGGAACUCUAGAAUCACUUUGGAAAAGGUAUUUCGCAGUAUCCUGGCUGAUGCAGCGAUCCGAGAGAUAUAUUUACUCGUGGACGCACUUGACGAAUGCCUCGAGGACCUUCCCUCCCUCCUCAUGUUGAUAUCGAGCACAUGUUCCCAUGCCAAGUGGAUUGUCAGUAGUCGGAACCGUCACGAGAUUAAAGAGUUCUUGGAACCGUCGCCAUCAAGAAUCUCAGUCUCUCUGGAGCUUAAUGAGAGCUCUGUUUCCAAAGCUGUAGAGAGUUAUAUAAGCUAUCGAACCGGCAUAUUAGUCGAUAGGAAAAAGCUUAAACCCCAGGUGGAACGACAGAUUCAUGAUCAUCUCAGUGAGAACGCCGAGGGUACCUUUCUAUGGGUAGCCCUAGUAUGUCAGCAAUUAGAACGGUGCCGACCUUGGGAGAUCGGCACUACCCUGCGGCGAUUUCCUAAGGGUCUUAACGAGCUUUAUGCGCGAAUGAUGAAUCAAAUCAGCAUGUCUGAUAGCUACGAGCUCUAUAUCAGACUUCUUGCCAUCGCUUCGACCGUUUUUCGCCCUAUCACCUUUUCUGAAAUAAUGGCAAUAGAGGACUUGAACUUGGAAGAGGAAUUGCUUCCUAUUGCCAUAGCAGAGUGCGGUUCUUUCCUGACAACAAAAAAGAAGACAAUUCUAUUCAUUCAUCAGUCUGCUAAAGACUUUCUUAUCAAAGAGUCAAGCAUUUUGCUUUUCCCGUCUGGUCUUAACAAACAUCAUCGCGACCUCUUUGAAAGCUGUGUUACGGCCCUGCAAUGUCUACAUAAGGAUAUGUACCGCCUGGUUUACCCUGGCGUGUCGCUACAGGAAGCUUUUAAGAACCGUCCUGAUCCAGAUCCUCUGGACCACCUAAAGUACGCCUGUUCUUUCUGGAAUGAUCAUCUGAAAGAGGCACACCGGCUCCAUACAGAAGAUGGGAGACAGUGUGAGGUCUUCUGUACUGAGGCUGCGUUUGACUUCAUUGCCGUCAAGUUCCUGUUCUGGUUAGAAGCACUCAGUCUCUGUGGAAAUCUACGGGCGGCAGCGGACGCAUUGCUGUUUCUCAAAAGCCUACCAACUCAGGCCAGCUCUCAGUCAAACCAUCUCGCCUUCACUGAGGAUGGUCUUAGAUUCUUUUAUUCUUUCGGCCCCAUAAUCAACGACUAUCCGCUCCAGGCUUACACAUCUGGUCUGCUUUUCAGCCCAAAAGGAAGCCUCGUACGUCAUCGAUUUGAACAUCUUACACCAGCGAUCUUUUCCGCGAUCCCCGAAUUUGAUGCGAAUUGGAGCCCAAUAUCUAGUACUUUCAAAAUCCCAGAUCUGGAGCAUAAGGCCGACACCGAGGUUCGUAUCAUGAACUUCUCGCUUACAAGCCAGAUGCUAGUAAUAGCUACCCAUGAUUCAAGGUCGGUUGUGUGGCGAGUCAUGGACGAGCCUAUCCCUAGAUUCAUAGAGCAUAAGGAUAUGAUAUGGCCCACGCCGUCGCCAGAUGGGAAGUGUCUGGCUGUUAUCGAAGUUGCGACGUAUGACCAUCAAAAGACAAUCCAAUUAUAUCACUUGAGUUUGAAAAGUAUUAUUUGGACUUGGAAGAUUGGCCAUUGCGAAGUCCUAGGUAUGGACUUUUCGCCUGACAGUCGCCGACUUGCAGUGUGUUCUAACGAAAAAUUGGUACUCUAUGACCUCAAAACUGGUGUGUCUCGAAAGUGGCCCGUGGAGCUGGAGCAUAAUUAUAUCGCAUAUUCGGUAUCCUUCUCAUCAGACUAUGCCUUGGUUGCCUUCCAAUUCCAUCUUUAUGAGGACACGGAGACCAUUUGGAUCCUCGAUCUCGAAACGGGAACGCAGUACGAGAAGGCUUAUAAUGAGCACUGUGACCAAAUAUACGACGCCAAGUUCAUCCCUGGUACGCACUCGCUUUUAGUUUGCACUUAUGAAAAGGCAAUCUACAAAUGGGAUUAUUUCGAGGAUAAAUACGAAGAAUGGAGUCGCUUUGACCAUGAAACCAGGUUUCUAGCCUUCUCGUAUUCUGAGUCGUGGAUGGUUAUAGGAAACUAUUCAGAGGCUUUCCUGUACGAUAGAGACCAACUAACUCUACUUCAAAGCUUGAGUCUACCGACCCAGCAGUCCUUGUGCAGAAUCUCUGUUUCUUUUGAUGACCAGAAAAUUGCACUAUGUGCUGAGUCGGAGAUCUGGAUCGUGGAUGUUCCUGCUCUUUUUGUUAGCCAGACUUCUUCGAUGCGAGGGGAGUAUGGGAAACUUCGAGUUUCUGAUAAUGGACGAAGGAUAGUCUAUGAAUUGGGUGACAGGAUCGAAGUCUGGGAUGUGACGACAAGAAGCAUCCUAUCAUCGUUGGCCAAAAGUAAUGUCGUGCAUGGAGCCUCAUGGGAUAUGGCAAUCUCGCCGGGGGGCCAGCACCUGGCAUUCGUUGAUUCAUCAUCAGUAUCUACAUGGAAUCUCGUCAACAAUGAACUGCAAAAGCUUUCGAUACACAAUUCAACUGGCAAGCAGCUUGCCAUAUCUGACAAGAUCGGUAAUGAAGGUCCUUGGGUGGCUGUUUCUGAGUCCCCGAGCGUCGUGGCUGUAUGGAACCUUACGAAAAGCAACCCCAAGAUAUCUAUUGAGACUCCUGAUACUGAACAGAGUGUUGCUUCAUUGGCGUUUUCCAGCGAUCACCUUGGAGUUGUAUGGGGAAAAGGGGUUCAAAGUCACGGCGCUAUAUUAAUAUUGUACCAAAUCAGAACUAGGCGAAAGGUCUAUGCGUUGGCUGGCUGCCCUUCUCUAUGGAAUGCACGGUUCCGAUUGUCACUCAGUGGAAAGUGGGCUAUAUUCGAGUCUUGUACCUACGACCCCUCAAUCAUCUGCAGUUGGAGAACAGAACCUUUCGCUUUUCCCUUUCACAUGGACGCAGGGCACUUCUUCUUCCUUGACGACUCGACCCUCUCCACGAGUAGAGGGAUCCGUCAUUUAGACACGAUACGUGCUGAUGAAAGACGGGUGACAACACUAAUUGGAGAUCAAUGGCCACACGAGAGACGGAGAAUUCCAGAAAGGGAUGCAAUCCGUCAAACCUUUGAGUCAUACGGACGCAGCAUUGACGGCACUUGGAUAACAUUGGAUAGCAAGCCGCUAUUAUGGCUACCUGCAGCGCAUCGUUCUGAACGGGUGAUUGUAGGACAUGAUCACAUCAUUCUUAUUGGUACUUCGGCCAUUCUUCCUAUUUGUUUUACAAAGGAAGCAAAGGAAUGUUUGCGGCAAUGUUUCAGAAAACUAUCUGUAUAG